AUGGAACUCGAGCUGACCCGCGUCGACUACACGACGGUUGGCCUCACGGCGGCCAACUGCCUCCAGCUGCUGCCGGUGACUUCGGGCGGGGACGCGGUUCUGUCGUCCCGUGCCCGCCAGCAGCAGAAGGUCGUGGUAGGCGACCAGGACGGAGUGCUGCAGGUGUUUUCGAUGAAAAAGGACGAACUGCAGGUGCACUUCAAGACGCUGCCCACGGAUAAGAUCGCGUCGGUGAAGCUGGGCGGCCAAAUUGGUUCGGUGGCGGACAAGAUCUUUACGGCGUCGGAGAAUAAGGUUCGGGGGUUCAAUAAGAAGGGGAAGAUGUUUUUGGCGUUUGAGGCGAACUUGACGGAGAACAUUAGGUCGAUGUUUGUGAGUGGAAGCGAUCUGUUGGUUUGUGGGAACCACGUCUAUAACCAUUACAAGGACUGCAAAGAGCACGGGUCUUAUUUGUGCGGCGAUGCAAUUGUGGACGUGGCCGGGUUGUGUCCUAAUAAUACGAGUCGGCUGAUAACGGUGCUGGCGUGUUCGGGACGAGUUUUGCGGAUCUUGGAGCACUCGCGAGUCCGGCAAACGCUCGAGCUGGACAGCGUUCCGACGGUGCUGCACGUUCCGAAGGGUCUCGGCGAUAGAAUCCUGUGUGGGUUCGCGGACGGGAAGGUUGUGCUGUUCCACAUCAAUGUGGCGUCCAGCGAAGUCAAACGGGAGACUUUGGUCGAAGAUGCGGAGAACCUGAGUGCCGUCACGUGUCUGGAGACGUUCGACCUGUCCGGGGAUGGGAAGGACGAGCUGAUCGUGGGUAGACGCGAUGGAACGCUGCAGGUGUUUACGAUGAACUCGGACGAGUACCAGUUUGAGAUGGAAUGUACGCAGAUCUACAGGGAGAACUUUACGGAAAGUGUGUCGAGCGUACAGGGUGGUUGCAUUGGAGCUAAUGGAUACUCGGAGAUCGCGGUUUGUACGUACUCUGGUCGGGUGUUCGGGUUGACAACCCAAUGCAUCAGCAAGAGUCUGAGCGACUCGAACAAACGUGGUUCGGUCAGCAUGGCUCCGGACGCGUCCUCGAAGCUUCACAAACUGCGUGCUGAGAUCUACGAGCUGGAACAAGCGAUCACCAGGGAACGCGAACGCUACCAGCAGUCGACGCAAGCCCUCUCGACGGGGUUGUCGGCGAUCCCGAUGCUACCGGUCAACGACUCGAUGCUACUCUGCCAGGAAGACGCAACGUACAUGCUCACCGUGGAGAUCCCAACCCCGAUCGAGCACGUUCUCCUGCAGUGCGAUGCCCCGAUCAACCUGAUCGACGUCGAGAAGAACUCUGCGGUGGUAAGCUUCAGCGAGUGCGAUAAAAUGAGUGGCAACAGCCUGCUAGCCAGCUAUCGCUGCCAAUCCAACACAAACCGCGUCGAUCUUAAGUUUCGCACCGUCGAGGGUCAAAAUGGAACCCUUCAGGUGUACAUAACGCCAAACCUGCAGCCCAAAUGUUGCCAGCUGAAGCGCUACUCGAUCAAACCGCUGUCCCUGCACGCGAUCGUUCACAACCUACCGGACGACGAGCUGUCCAGGCCGAUGAACGUCCUAAUUCUCAAAGGGGCCUUCAGCCAGGCCGAGAUGCACAACUGGAUGAUCAACAGCAUCCCGGAGCUGCCGGAAAAGAUCUACGGCAACGACAAGAUCCGGCAGGUGUUCCGGCACGUGUUCAUCGGCACGGUGCUGAUCUGCGAGUACGGCAAGGGCGAGGCCGACUUUCGCAGCGAUAACGUGUCCACCAUUUCGAUACUUAAAGAUUUUAUUACCAAAGAGGCGACCAAGAAGCGCAUCAAGCUGGAGAUCGUCACGAACAUCAACGAGCAAACCAUCCCCGGCCUCAUCAAGCUGAUCGAACCCAAGAUCGUGCACUACAACAAACUGACCAAGGACUACCAGAUAUUGCAGGCGCUGAUCGAUCUGGACAUUCGCAACGACGACGAGUUUGGAACGCUCUCGCAAGAGUACCAGGAUCUGCUGAAGAACCAGCGCCAGAUCGAGGCGGAGUUUAAGAAGCAACCAACGAUCCUGAACCGCAUCUACGGCAUUCUGACGGAUCUGUACAUCGAUAAGUUCAAGUUCAAGGGUGUCAACGUGAAGACGAAGCUGCCGCAGCUGAUUGAUUUGCUGGAGCAUUACGAAUAUGAGGAGUUGGUGGGUUUCUACAGCGUUGUAAAGACGAUUGAUGAUGAGGUUUGAAGAUUUAUAGUUAUUAAUAGGGUUGGUGAAAUUUCACGAUUUCGCGGAACGCGUUUGGUACUUUCCAUGAGAUCCCGUGAAUAUUUUGAUGUUCUGUAUUCAGUGCACAGUUCUCGAAUAACUUUGACACACAUGUAAAAAAAUGCAAAGGCAGAAUUAUUUUUAGUUUUUUAUUUAUAGUGUUUGUAAUUUUUUGAAAUUCUAGUUUUUACGUUAAAGUUUUGUUUUUUAAGUUUAAUUAUUUUAGUUUUUUUUUAUUUGUGUUGAAUAAAUCAAUGCCCGUGUGAUCUCUUGUUCUAUCCAGGAAAAAUUAAUAAAAUAAAGAGUACAAAAAAUAAA